AUGACCGGAGCCCGGGAGCGGCCAGCCGAGCCGGCGGCGAUCAGUGCGGCGCCCGGGCUGGCCGCCGUCUCCGCGGCUGCUCGCGAGUCCUCAAAGUUGAGCGUCGGCGAGAGGCUGCCGCCCGCCGGGAGCAGCGGGGAACGAGCUCGGAAGGUGUAAAAGUGACCGCCGCGGGCGGCCGGGCGGCCGGGCGGACGGACGGACGCGCAGACCCCGGGGAGCGUGGCGGGCGGCGCUGGUCUACUGACCGGCGGGAGGCCGCGCUGUGAGCAGGCCCGGCGGGGGACCCAGAGGCGACCAUAAUGUCUUUCGGGCCGCGCGCGCUGCCCACCCUGCCAGGAGUCGUCAGGCCCGGCUGCCGAGAGCUGCUGUGCUUGCUGGUGAUCGCCGCGACGGCGAGCCCGGGCGCCGCCGGCGUGUGCCCCGCGGCUUGCGUCUGUGCCACUGACAUCGUCAGCUGCACCAACAGAAACCUGUCCAAGGUGCCGGGGAGCCUUUUCAGACUGAUUAAGAGACUGGAUCUGAGCUAUAACAGGAUUGGCCUCCUGGAUCCCGAGUGGAUUCCGGUAUCGUUUGUCAAGCUGAACACCCUUAUCGUUCGUCAUAACAAUAUCACCAGCAUCUCCGCUGGCAGCUUUUCCACAACUCCGAAUCUGAAGUGUCUCGACUUGUCAUCCAAUAAGCUGAAGACGGUGAAAAGCGCCGUGUUCCAAGAGCUGAAGGACCUGGAAGUGCUCCUGCUCUACGACAAUCACAUCUCCUAUCUCGACCCCUCCGCCCUCGGAGGGCUGUCCCAGCUGCAGAAGCUCUACCUAAGUGGAAACUCUCUCACGCAGUUUCCCAUGGAUUUGUACGUUGGAAGGUUUAAGCUAGCAGAACUGAUGUUCCUAGACGUUUCCUAUAACCGAAUCUCUUCCAUACCAAUGCACCAUAUAAAUCUAGUGCCAGGAAAGCAGCUGAGAGGCAUCUACCUGCACGGAAACCCAUUUAUCUGUGACUGCUCCCUCUACUCACUGCUGAUCUUUUGGUAUCGGAGGCACUUCAGUUCUGUGAUGGAUUUUAAGAACGAUUACACCUGUCGCCUGUGGUCUGGCUCCAGGCAGUCCAGUCAGCUGCUUUUGCUCCAGGACAGCUUUAUGAAUUGUUCUGACAGCGUGGUCAACGGGUCCUUCCGUGCGCUUGGCUUUAUUCACGAGGCGCAGGUAGGGGAAAGACUGGUUGUCCAUUGUGACGGCAAGACUGGUGACGGACACACAGAUUUCGUCUGGGUUGGGCCAGAUAACAGAGUGCUGGAGCCAGAAAAAGAGGUGGACAACUUUCAUGUGUUUUACAACGGAAGUCUGGUGAUAGAGAGCCCUCGUUUUGAGGAUGCCGGAGUGUAUUCUUGUAUUGCAAUGAAUAGGCAACGGCUGUUGAAUGAAACUGUGGAUGUCACAGUAAACGUGAGCAAUUUCACUGUAAGCAGGUCCCAUGCUCAUGAGGCGUUUAACACAGCUUUCACCACCCUUGCUGCCUGUGUGGCCAGUAUCGUUUUGGUACUUUUGUACCUCUACCUGACACCGUGCCCCUGCAAGUGUAAAACCAAGAGACAGAAAAAUAUGCUGAACCAAAGCAAUGCCCAUUCGUCCAUUCUUAGCCCUGGGCCUGCUAGUGAUGCCUCCGCGGAUGAACGGAAGGCCGGUGCAGGUAAAAGAGUGGUGUUUUUGGAGCCCCUGAAGGAGAGUGCGGCAGGGCAGAAUGGGAAAGUGAGGCUCUUUGCCAGCGAGACAGUUCUAGCUGAGGGCAUCUUAAAGUCCACGAGGGUGAAGUCCGACUCAGAUUCAGUCAAUUCAGUGUUCUCAGACACACCUUUUGUGGCAUCCACCUAAUUGUGUGCCUGUAUUGGUAUGAUGUCAUAAUUUAAUCUUUCCGUAUUUAACUGUGUGGUCUGCAAAAUAAGUAGCAGGGCAGAAAUUGUGUUGUUUUGUUUGCUGAGAUAAAACCAAAAUGACCUCUCAGAAGGGUUGAUAGGAGGAAGUCGGGUAAAGCACUUUGGUUCCCCAGGGUGCCAGAGAAAGAUGGGACUGUCUUCCAAAGUCUAAGCUCUAGAUAAUAAUACCUGCAAUUUUUAGCAUCAUUGAUAACCUUGCAGCUGGUCCAAAAGGGGUAUAUGACUGACAUUACCCUUUUAUUCAGAAGUCUUAAAAGAAAAAAAUGAGCUCCACGUAUUAGUAGUCUUUAAAAAUGUACUUUGCUAACUCACAAGGAUCAAAGUUGAGUCAGUCUGAAGAACAGCAUUAGGAUCCCAUUUCAUUUUGUAAAAGAUACAGAAGGAAGUCUCAAGCAACAGUUGUAAAGUUAGAUUUGGGAAUUAUUCAGCCAAAAUUAUCAUUGCAGAUGUGAGUGAACUAGUUGCACUGAUAAAAUUUGCUGGGUAGUGUCACAUUCUACGUGGUUCAGUAAAUAGUACAAGGAGGGUACCUUUGUCUGACUUUUUUCCACUCUGUACAUUUUCUCCAUUCUGUAUCCCGUAGAAAAGAUCUCUUUGGAAAAUUUAGAGUCGUCAUUGUUUGUUGAGAAGAACAUGUGUCAAUACCAAAAUGUCUGAGCAAUUUAAGCUUUUAUUCUAGCAGACUAUUACUUGUUCAUAUGCUUCUGUAUAUGUAAAUCUUAAAUUAUGUGAGCUACUAAGUAGACCCUACAUACUGUGCUUUGGACAUUUCAAUUAAUGUAAAUGUGUGUAUUCCAUGACUUGCUGUUUUGUUUUAUCUGGCUGUUUCAACAUGUAAAUCUAAGACGUUUUAUGUGCUCAGACUGUGUUACUUUGUGUUAAGCACCACCUAUAGCAAAUACCUCUCCAAAAUUCUUGUAGUUACAAUGGAGCUUUUUAUCUGGUAGAGGGAGAAAAAGGCUUUCAUGUGUUCUGUACCAAUGUAUACUUUCUAUAGCACUUUUUACUCUGACAUUAUACAUUUCAGCUGGAUUAAAAGAUGCUUAAGUCCCAGUUUUACAACGUGA